GUGUACAUCUAUAACUGUCUGGUUUGGUUCAGCCACCAAAUCAGACAGAAGGAAACUACAACGGACAGUCAGGACUGCUGAGAGGAUUAUUGGUGCCCCCCUGCCCACCCUCCAAGACCUGGACGUCUGCAGAUAAACAGAAAGAUGUCACCAGAUGAAUUAGUCUACUUAGGAAUCCUUGCUGCAUCAGUACCUGUAGGAUUCCUUUUCCGCUGCCUAAGUCCUCCAGUCAAGCAGGGGGCAGCAUUGCUUACUGGUUUGAUCAUCACCAUAGCAACCUGUGGGAUCCACACUUUACACUCUCUUUGUACAGUGUUAGGAACAUGGCUAAUUAUAAAGAUCAACUGGAAGAGUGCCCCCUCUUUGUCUUUGGGCUGGACAUUUCUUUACCUCCUCUUUUUUCGUAUGGUUACCUGGUUUGGCCUCCCUCAGCCAACACCAUUUGCCAAUGCUAUUCAGCUUCUUUUAACUUUAAAGAUGGUCAGUUUAGCCAAUGAGGUUCAAAGUUAUCACUUGGAUAAAAAACAGGAAGUGAGCACCUUCUCCAAGUCCCCAGUGGUUGGAGGACUGUCCCAUGAGCCCUCACUGUAUGACACAAUAUCAUAUAGCUACUGCUAUGUGGGCAUAAUGACAGGUCCCUUCUUCCGUUAUCAGACUUUUGUAGACUGGUUGCAGCAGUCCUGUCCCUUGUCUCUGCCGGGUAAAGAGGCCUGCCUUCAGAGGCUGAAGAUGGUGCCUGUUUACGGAGCUCUCUUCCUAGCAGUCAAUUCUGUCUUUCCCUUGUCCUAUGUCCGUACAGAAGAAUUCUUGGAGCACAACUAUUUUUAUAGGUUUUUCUACAUGGUGGCAAUAUUCUUUGUAUUCCGGAUGCGUUUCUACUCAGCGUGGUGUGGCGCCGAGGCAGGAUGCAUCAGUGCAGGUCUAGGCUGUUACCCCCAGGGGGCGCUGUCCAAACCUGGGGGAGGGCCAACUGUGAAAUAUAGCCCUGAUCCAGACUCAGUCGUGGAGUAUGAUUUUAAGACGAUCCAGAACAUUGAUUGUUAUAACACAGAUUUCUGCGUGAAGGUGCGACACGGCAUGCGGUACUGGAACAUGACUGUGCAGUGGUGGCUUCAUCACUACAUCUACCCCAACGCCCCUUUCAAAACAUAUGCUCUCAGGGCUGGAUGGACUAUGCUAAUCAGCGCUUACUGGCAUGGCCUCCAUCCUGGUUACUACCUCUCAUUUCUCACCAUCCCACUAUGCAUCGCAGCAGAAUCAGCCAUGGAGGCCUCUGUCAGGGCUCGUUUGGAUCCCACAGGCCAGAAUAUCUUCGACUGGGUCCACUGGUUCCUCAAGAUGAGGGCUUACGACUAUAUGUGUAUGGGGUUUGUUCUCCUGAAGGCCAGCGACACCAUCAGCUACUGGAGUUCCAUAUAUUUCAUAAUUCACAUCAUUGCAUUUGGUUGCAUAGGAGUAGGACAAAUUAUGAAAGUUGGUAAAAAGAAAGAAAGGAGAGAACAAGGUAAAGGAGAUAAAGAGGUGAAGAAAGAGGAUGUGGUGGUAAGAGAGAAGGCAGAGUGAUAUGAAUGUGUGUAUGAUUGUGCUGAUCGGUGGAGAGGUGGUAUGUUUACAGAAACAGGAAACAGUUACAGAAAAAACACACUGUAAUAGCCAUCAACUGCCAUUUAGAUAUUGUUUGAGCUUUUCAGAUUUUUUGUUUUGUUUUGUUACAAGAACAACACAGAGAAAGGAGUAAUAGAUUGUGAUCACAUUUUUUUUUUAAUUAACAGGGAAUAUACUGUCGGUCUUUAGUGAAUUUAGACAGUUAAAUAAAUGCUCAGUUAAUAUAUUAAAGUCACGCAGUUAUACCUGCACAUUCCAGGCUCUUAUCUCUGGUGUUUUUGUGUUCUUUAAUAUUCCAUAAUAAAUUUCCAUGUUUUUUUGUUUUGUUUUUUUUCUAAAAUAUUGCUUUUAUUUUCAAUUUAAUAGCUUGUAGAAAUUAUGAAAAUAACAUUGAAAAGAGAAGAGCGUUUGCCUCGAGGUCAGCUGCCUUCUCAAAAAUGCUGCCUUUUUACUUUCAGAUAAAGAUUGAGUUGAUGCCAGACUUUACAUACAAAGUUGCAUGUCCUCAGUAUUUGCAGGGACCCUCUUUUCAAAAAUGUUUUACGAACUCAUUCAUUGCUUCUCUCCCCAGCCUCUUAUAUGUUUUUUGUAUACCCCAGGAUAAAGAAACCUCUAUAGGGUUAAUUUACCUAGCAUUGCAAGCUUAAGUUGAUUGUAGAGACCAUUGGUGCCAAUGGUUUCUACGAUCUACUUAGGCUUACAAUGCUUUUGGGAAAUGCAGCCCAGGUCAAUACUGUUUAAAUGAUACUCUUUUUCUAGGUUGCUAACUUGCAAUGAUCUAGUGGAGAGAGAUUUGAUUAUAUAUUAAUUGUGGUGCUCUGUUGAACAGUGGCCCUGGGACUAGAUUUCAGCUCCCCCACAAAGUACUUAUAACUGAAUACAUCCAUUUACAAAAAUGAUCCUCUCAUGUUAGACCUGUAUCACUAGUUUUAGCACAAAUUUAUGGAGCUCAACACUCCAGUGGUGUCACUGAGGUAAUUCGACCUUCAGAAGAUCAACAAAAGCAUUCAAAAUGAAAUGUAUGGAAUAUUAAAAGUUGGUUUGCCUUGUUUUUCAUCCAUUCUGAUGGGUGAAUUGAGUAUUCAUUAAUGGGUUAUGUAUCAUAUGUACAGUAUCAGGGAUAUAUGUAUUCUACAAAGAAUGUGACAGUGGUUGAGAACUUUCAUCUGUUUUCUUUCUUUUUCAGACUUAGUAAGCAGGAGGGAAUGUUUUGCUCUUUUCACUUAACAUUUGUUGUUUGGAAGAAUAUCACAUGAUGUAAAUUAUACUUUGGUGUAAAGUGUUGCUAAAACUGUUUGUGCUCUAAAUGUGAGCAUUUUUCGCUCAUCCGUUAUUCAGUGUUAUUACUGAAUAUCUGACUUUUCUCCACAUUGCUGCCCCUGAAAACUUUUGAAAUAAUCAGCCAGACGAGAGAAAAACCUCACAUUUCUGUUGUAAGGCAGAAUUUGUUCAUUUGGAUUCUGUUUGAUUCUGAUUAAGAUCAAAAGUAAUAUUAAUUAGAUGUGAUUUUCUCAAAUUAUCAUGUAAUAACUUACUUAUUCCAGGAAAGCACAAUACCGCAGUUUUGAACUUUUUGUUCUGGAACACUGUAUGGUCGUGCUGGUGUUAAAAGUUUAUUGAUCAGGUCAUAUUGUACCCUGGUUUCAUUAUGUGUAUUCUACAUUUUAUCCUUAAUGUUUAUCUUCUGGAGUAAUAAACACAAGAUGUGCAACUUG